AUGAAGUGUCCUUCCCCUUCCUCCAAACCAGGUAUGCUCUCCGGCCACUUCGUCCCCUUUGUUGACCGAUGGACACUGACGCUCGCACUCGGACACAGGGCAUCUCUCCCUCUUCGCUUCAUUCUGCUGCCGGUGGGCCGGACCCCACGAAGCCAAAUUCAUCUCGGCCCGCCGGCAGCUCCAGACACCACCAGGAGCAUACGCGAUGACGGCGGCAGCAGCAGCAGCAGCAGCAACAACGACAACAAGAACAACACCAACACCAACACCAACACCAACGCCAUCGCCGUCACCAUCGCCGUCGCCACCACACGAGAACCACCACACGAGAACCACCACAUGGCAACGCCCUUGACCUGA